AUGUCUCACGAGGAGCUAAUCGAGCUAAAAGAGUUAGCAUCGGAGGAUCGUAUAGAACUGACUGACAUCGAGGCCCCGAGGACACCUCGGCUGGAGAGGGUCAACGCCCUGCGGAUCAGCCCGGGGAAGGUCCCGGAACUCCUGAACCGGGUCAGGAUCAUCAGGCUGAUAGGAGACACCAUGAGGGGCCCGCAGUUGGCGGAAGACACCGGAGAGGGGCAUAACUUCCAGCCCUGUAGCCACGCCCACCCCACCUGGUGUGACCUGUGUGGAGAUUUCAUCUGGGGAGUGUACAAACAGAGUCUACGCUGUUCCAACUGUAGGUUUACGUGUCAUUACCGCUGUCGGGCUCUCAUUAAGCUCAACUGCAGUCUGGACCAUGGGUCCACAGUGGAUCUGUCCGAGGGAACGCUGGACACCAUAGAGACAGACACUAACGUGGAUGAACAGGUUGUGCAGGGGAAGCAGGAGCUGUCUCUGGCUGAGAUUCAGCAGAAAGUGAAAGAGUACAACGCUCAGAUAAACAGCAACCUCUUCAUGGCCUUGAAUAAAGACGGCUCCUACACGGGCUUUAUUAAGGUCCAUCUGAAGCUGGUCAGGCCUGUGUCUGUCCCGCCCCCCCGAAAAGGCACUGCCUCUUCAGCCAACGGGAGGCGGACGGGGCCCUUAAAGAGACGCACCUCCUUUUACCUGCCCAAAGACACGGCCAAGCACCUGCACAUCAGCUCCCGCACGCGCGCCCGUGAGGUCAUCGAAGCCCUGCUGAAAAAGUUCACCGUCAUCGAUAACCCCGCCAAGUUCGCCCUGUACGAACGCAGCGAACGCCAUGAGCAAGUGUACCUGCGUAAGCUGUCUGAUGAGGAGUGUCCUCUGUAUUUGCGUCUUUGUGCUGGGCCCAAUGAGAAAGUCCUCAGCCUGGUUCUGAAAGAGAAUGAGACCGGAGAGGUUAAUUGGGACGCCUUCUCCAUGCCAGAGCUCCAGAACUUUCUGAAAAUUCUCAAACGUGAGGAAGAAGAGCACGUGAAACAGAUCAUCCAACGCUACGAGCGCGCACGGGGACGCAUCAGGGAGGCGCUGUCUAACUCCACCCCCGGCUGAGCAAUGCACCUCCCCACAGGAGCGCCUGUGUGUGUGUGUCUGACUGGCCACCACUAGGGGGCCUCAGUCAUCGCUGCAGCCAAAGACCCAAGUGGACAGCCAUCCUCCUAAACUCCUCUCUUGAAAGGAGAGGACUAGCAGGGAAUGAGAGUGUGAGAGAGAGAGAUAGUGAUGAACCUGAUGUGCCUUUUACCUGGAGAGUGAGAGAGUUGUGCAAGAGAGAGCGAACGAUCGAAUGAUGGCGCGAGAGAGAGCGAAUCAUGUGCCUCAGAGCAGAUUUGUGAUUGAGUGAGUGAACACAGUAGUGAGUGAAAGACCAUAACAGUAUUAGCAGUCAGACUUGACUGUAGUCCGUGUGUUACUGUUGGUCUCUGUGGUUCCACUGUUCUCCAGGUCUGAGUGACUGAUUAUUGAGGUGAAUGCUUUGAGUUGUGAUGAAUGUUUUUGAACAUUGUGAGGAAGUUUCACUCGUCUGUCAGGAGUGACUCUUCAGAUGACCAACAUUUGCUGGAACUAGAAAAUUAAUCCUAAAUUAAAGAUAGGGAUUAUUUCUAGAUUAGAGCACUUACAAAAAUUACACACACAUACACACUUACACACACACACUCACCCUCACACACACGUACACAU